AUGGAGCGAGAUUGCUUCCAAUUUGUUCGCAAGUGCCAUCAGUGCCAAAUUCAUAGCGACUUGAUUCACUCACCCCCUUUAGAGUUGCAUCCUAUGUCUGUUCCAUGGCCUUUGGUUACAUGGGGAAUAGACGUUAUUGGGCCAAUAGAGCCAAAAGCAUCUAACGGUCAUCGAUUUAUUUUAGUUGCCAUCGAUUACUUUACCAAAUGGGUAGAAACUGUCACAUUCAAAUCAAUUACCAAGAAAGCGGUGGUGGACUUCAAAGUUUGUGAGCAAUUUAAAAUUGUUCAUCGUCAUUCAACCCCUUAUUGUCCCAAAGCAAAUGGGGCUGUUGAAGCUGCGAAUAAGAACAUCAAGAAGAUUCUUAGGAAAAUGGUGCAAGGAUCUAGACAGUGGCAUGAGAAAUUACCCUUCGCUCUCAUGGGAUAUCGCACGACUGUUCGUACGUCAGUCGGUGCAACUCCUUACUUAUUGGUUUACGGAACUGAGGCUGUCAUACCCGCAGAAGUUGAAAUCCCUUCAUUUUGA